UCGGGAGGCGCGUGCGGCCCUGGGGCCAUGGAGCCUGGUGACGCGGCGCGCUUUGGCCCGGGGCGGGCGGCCCGGGCGUUGCCACCGCGGCUGCUGCUGCUGCCGCUGCUACCGCUGCUGCUGGGUCGGGGGCUGCGUUCCGCGGCCGCGGCCUCCUCCUCUGGGGCGGCGGCCGAGGACAGCAGCGCCAUGGAGGAACUCGCCACGGAGAAGGAGGCGGAGGAGAGCCACCGACAAGACAGCGUGAGCCUGCUCACCUUCAUCCUGCUGCUAACGCUCACCAUCCUCACCAUCUGGCUCUUCAAGCACCGCCGGGUGCGCUUCCUGCACGAGACCGGGCUGGCCAUGAUCUAUGGGCUCAUCGUUGGGGUGAUCCUGAGGUAUGGCACCCCUGCCACCAGUGGCCAUGACAAGUCACUCAGCUGCACUCAGGAAGACAGGGCCUUCAGCACCUUAUUAGUGAACGUCAGUGGGAAGUUCUUCGAAUACACCCUGAAAGGAGAAAUCAGCCCUGGCAAGAUCAACAGUGUAGAGCAGAAUGACAUGCUGAGGAAGGUAACAUUUGAUCCAGAGGUCUUUUUCAACAUUCUGCUGCCUCCAAUUAUUUUCCAUGCUGGAUACAGUUUAAAGAAGAGACACUUUUUCAGAAAUCUCGGGUCUAUUCUGGCCUAUGCCUUCUUGGGGACUGCUGUUUCUUGCUUCAUUAUCGGAAAUCUCAUAUAUGGUGUGGUGAAGCUCAUGAAGAUUGUGGGACAGCUCUCAGAUAAAUUUUACUACACAGAUUGUCUCUUUUUUGGAGCGAUUAUCUCUGCCACUGACCCAGUGACCGUACUGGCGAUAUUUAAUGAAUUGCAUGCAGAUGUGGACCUUUAUGCACUUCUGUUUGGAGAAAGCGUUCUAAAUGAUGCUGUUGCCAUUGUACUGUCCUCGUCUAUUGUUGCCUACCAGCCAGCGGGGCUGAACACUCAUGCCUUCGAUGCUGCGGCCUUUUUUAAGUCGGUUGGCAUUUUUCUAGGUAUAUUUAGUGGCUCUUUUACCAUGGGAGCUGUGACUGGCGUUGUGACUGCUCUAAUAUCCAAGUUUACCAAGCUGCACUGCUUCCCCCUGCUGGAGACGGCACUCUUCUUCCUGAUGUCCUGGAGCACGUUCCUUUUGGCAGAAGCCUGUGGGUUUACAGGCGUUGUAGCUGUCCUUUUCUGUGGAAUCACACAAGCUCAUUACACCUACAACAAUCUGUCGGUGGAAUCAAGAAGUCGAACAAAGCAGCUCUUUGAGGUGUUACACUUCCUGGCAGAGAACUUCAUCUUCUCCUACAUGGGCCUGGCGCUGUUUACCUUCCAGAAGCACGUUUUCAGCCCUGUUUUCAUCAUUGGAGCUUUUGUUGCCAUCUUCCUGGGCAGAGCUGCACAUAUCUACCCGCUUUCCUUCUUCCUCAACUUGGGCAGAAGGCAUAAGAUUGGCUGGAAUUUUCAACACAUGAUGAUGUUUUCAGGCCUCAGGGGAGCGAUGGCAUUUGCGCUGGCCAUCCGAGACACUGCAUCCUACGCCCGCCAGAUGAUGUUCACGACCACUCUCCUCAUUGUCUUCUUCACCGUCUGGAUCAUUGGUGGAGGCACAACGCCCAUGUUGUCAUGGCUUAAUAUAAGAGUUGGCGUCGAGGAGCCCUCCGAAGAGGACCAGAACGAACACCGCUGGCAGUACUUCAGAGUUGGUGUUGACCCAGAUCAAGACCCACCACCCAACAACGACAGCUUUCAAGUCUUGCAAGGGGAUGGUCCAGAUUCUGCCAGAGGAAACCGGACAAAGCAGGAGAGUGCAUGGCUAUUCAGGCUGUGGUACAGCUUUGACCACAAUUACUUGAAGCCCAUCCUCACACACAGUGGCCCCCCAUUAACCACCACUCUGCCAGCCUGGUGUGGCUUGCUCGCUCGAUGUCUGACCAGUCCCCAGGUGUACGACAACCAAGAGCCACUGAGAGAGGAAGACUCCGAUUUCAUCCUGACCGAGGGUGACCUCACUUUGACCUAUGGGGACAGCACUGUGACUGCGAAUGGCUCCUCAGGCUCCCACACGGCCUCCACGAGCCUCGAGGGUGGUCGGAGAACAAAGAGCAGCUCAGAGGAGGUGCUGGAACGAGACCUGGGAAUCGGAGAGCAGAAAGUUUCAAGCCGGGGCACCCGCCUAGUGUUCCCUCUGGAGGAUAAUGCAUGACUUCCCCCGCAAACCCUGAAGCGAUGGGGUCGGCCCAGCAGCGGGGUGAGGAUGGCUGCAAGCCCCAGUGGUGUUUGAGGCGGGGCAUUGACUGAUUGGAACUUACGCUCCUAUUUUACUGAGGUCUGAAGAUAUCAUAACAUUUAAAAUUUAACCCAAGAUGCAGAUGGUGGGGCUAAAGUGUGUCUAAAUCAAGACAAAUGCAGACCUAUUCCUACUUUUUCACAUAGUAGUGCACUGUUCAGAGUUAAACAAACAAAAAAAUAGCAUGCUUUAAUGGUCUCUUCAUUCACCUGCAGUAUCUGAACAACGUGUGGCAGGUGCUGGGGCCUCUUCCCAGGAGAGGCUUCCUAUCCAUACGUGGCAGUGCAAGCCUAACUGGCUGUAGGAAUAGCAAGUUAGGGGACAACAGGCUAGAGGAAAGAUCGUGAAGGAAGGCAAUUCAGAUUGGACCUCCAAGGAUUAUGGGAAGCUGGUGUUACAUGGGACAGAAAACACGACCAAGCAAUUUGAGCGGAGGUUCCAGCCACGAGGGCUGCGUGACUGCAGCCUCAGAUCAGGAUUCCUGACUUUUGUUGCUCCCUGUGUUUCCUCUAGACUGAAGACUGGAAAAUAUAUCCGUGAACAUUUCAACAUGGGGGCAAGAAUUAUAAUUCCUUCUGGAAAUCUCCAUAAAGAACAAGUUACUGAAAUGUUUUAAACCAAAGGCAAAAUAUCGUUAUACUGUUGUUUUUUAAUUAACCUGAGGACAAGAGAACUGUUUAGAAAUUGAUGAUGAUAUCACUGCAAAAACCAGUCAAUUCUUGAGGGCUACCAUAUGAGCUGACUGCCUACGAACUGAGGAAUAGGACCGAGAUAUCUAAUGUGGGUUUAGAAAUAACACCAAAAUUUGCGGGAUACUUUUUUCUGGGGAAGAGAAGGCAGCAAGAAGCCUAAGAGACAAUAGGCUAGUAUUCAGAGGGAAGAAAUCUCACUGUGAAAAAAUUAUCUGCAAAGAAAACACAAGAGAGUAUUCUAAAGACUGAGUAGAAUUCUAAACUUUGAGCUAGUAAAUGCAUGAGAUUUCAGUGGCCACAUGAGGAAGCAGAAGUGAGUCAAUGGAAGGUUAAGCAUUAUUCAACCCAGUGGAAGUUUCCAUCUACUAUAAGAUUAAGAAUCCAGAUGUCUUCACACUGAGUGCUGUGUAGAGAAGGGUCAUUUUCUUGGUACCUGGGGUGGCUUGCACCAGCUUGAUGUGUGAGUGUGGUUUGAAAUUUGGGUUUUUAGUUUGGGUUCUUUGUGGGUGAGCUAUUCUACCUGCCCACACCUGUAGUAGGUGAAAUACCGAGAGAAUUCUUGGAAACCAAGUUUGAGAUUCUCCCCACGUCUCGAUGCUUCAGUGCUAGUAUAUUUGAAAACCCAGUUUCUAAAAAAUGCUUUCAUAAAAUGUAGGCAUUUUUCUUAAUUAUGGCAGACAAAAUAGUGGCCCAUUCUAGUAUACCCAUAAUGAAAUCAGCCUUUUAAUCUUCUUAACUCACAGUUUUAAUGGUUAAUUUUUAAAUAAGACAUUGUUUCAUAUCUUGUUUUUGAAUUGAUAAUUUGUGAAAACCAGGAAAAAAUUAUUAUUAGGUUGAGUCAUAUGAAAUUGCUGAUAUUGAACCGUUUUUAAAAAACAGAAAUGGUAAUUUCUUAUGGUUCUGGUUCAAUAUAAUAUUCCCCUCUUUCUUUUCUCUCCAAAGUCCAUUUUGAUUUUAUGGUCAUCCAUGGGCUUUGUAAGUUUGAUAAAAAGCUAACCAACAGACAUAACUCCCUGAGACCCAGGGUUACCUAGGCUAGUGAGGGACUGGAGAAAACCUACAACCCGCAGCCAGAGAAUCAGCUUUCUUAGAGAGCCCUGGCUGGAGGUUAUUAUGGCGUGGGGUCAGGCUGCAGAGAGCAGCUGCCAGGCUUGGCAGAAGGCUGGCGAUAUGUGUUUGUGCCUGUGCCUGGAACCAGCACAAGAGUUCUUACUCAGUAGAGUUAUCUCAGUAAUGACCACUCAUGCCAUAUAAACUUAAAAGAUGAGGCUUUUGUGUGUGUUUUUUGCAGAGCUGGAGGGAUAGGCUGCUUGGGUCUUUAUAAAAAGCCUUACUUAUCUCUUAUGUUGUUUAUUUACUUAAUUUUGGAGGGAAGAAGCUAACAGAAAAACCCUGACAAUGGUUCUUGAAAAGAGCCAACCAGGUAGGACAUACUCUGUAUUCAUUAACCUCAAGGCUUUGUUGUCAUUUUGGUUUUCCAGGAAGCUUUCAGCAAAUUAUAAGAAAUUACCCUCAUAGGAAGGAAAAAUAACCACUGAAUUUCUCAUCCUAAUCUUAGGUCAAUCCGUAGAUUGUUGUGUUUCCCCCCAAAGAGUCUCAAAGUCUUCACUGCAAACAUUUUAUUCUGACCUACUUAAAUCUAAGUAAAUGGAGGUUUGCCAAGACCAAACUUGAGCUAGGGUUGUAGUUAUUUGAUUGGAUCUUUUUAUUCAGUGGAUCAAAGUCACUGACCUAUGGUCCAAAUUUUUGUUUGCAAGAUGUGAAGAAUAAUCCUGACCUUACCAGGGGUCCUGGGAAGUAAGUCCAUUCAUUGAGAUACUCCCACUUCUAGAAGCAUUAUGCCUAUGCUGAGUGGACAAAAGUGGGAUGCCACGAAGCCCAGAAACAUCUAACUCAAGGCCAUUUGUCUGCUGCCUGUCUGGCAUAAAUCAGAUCAAAACUGCUGAGUAAUGAUACAUCCAACUAAACAAAGUUCCUCUGAGAGGAUAGUCCCAAGUCAUCUUAGAAACAUAUUUGUUCUGGGUUGGGGGGAUGACAGUUCAGCAGAGUCGAAUGUUCUAGAGCAGAGGUUCUCAACCCUGGCUGCACAUUAGGAUUACCUGGCUAGCUUUUUAAAAAACGUCAAUGCAAGGGCUCUACCCUCAGAGAUUCGGAUUCAGUAGGUUUGGCUUGGGGCCUAGCUUCCAUGCUUUGUUUUGGAUCCUCGGGGAUUCUGAUGUGCAGCUAGGGUUGAGAGCCUUUAGUGUAGAACUUACAGUGGACCCUAUUUGGAACCUUAAAGAAUAGCCUAGCAAAUUUUUUUUUAAAUUGUUAGUCAUAUGGAACAAACAGUGUUGAUUGAUAACACAGACUGGGCAGCUGUGAGUGAGCUUCACGUGAAUAAUCUCUGCAGACCUCAAGAAUGUACUCCGUAAAGUACAACUGAAAAGGUCACAUUUGAAAACCUUAGAGCAUGAAAGGGAGAGGGUGACUUGAGUGUAUGUAUGGGGGAGGGAAUUAAAAACCUGUCAUUUGUGGAAAAAAAGGGAUUUUGUCUUAGCUGCUGACUAAUCAAAUGUGAAGGUUUCUAAGAAACUGUCUUUUCAGUUUAACCUGGGAUUAAAUUAAUAGUCCCCCUUGCAGUCAAGUGAACUUUCUUUCUCUUCACACUUCGCUUGCCCCCAUGCCUGAAUCCGUGCUGGACUCCUCAGAACAAGUGUGGGCCCUUCACUGCCAGAGCAGAGGCCCCGCUGUGGGGAUGUCGCUAGCAGGUGAUUGAGGAGAUGCAAACCUUCGUAUAGCACCAACAGAGGGAAAAUAACACCUCCUGCCAUCCUCUUAAUACUCUUUUUGGAGACUACAGGGAGACCUGAACUUUCUCUCCCAGAGAAGGAAAUUGGAAUUUAAAUAAGGCUGCAUUUCUUCCUAGGAAACAAGUAUAGGAAGGGCACAUGUGAUUAAAUGGACUCUGCCCAUCCAGGGUACUUACUGGGGUGACCAGACAAAUUACCGUAGAAGCCUUGAAGCCAAAUCACACUGUGACAUCAGAUGUUUCAUCAGGCAAACAGCAAGGGGCUCUUUCGGCUGUGUUCUCUAGACUUGAAAAUGUCCUCUGUGGUUUGGUUGACAAAUGAAAUCUCUUUAGAAA